AUGACUGACAUUGAACCUUACCGUUUUGAGCCUGAGCGUAUAGUAGUUGAUGAUUCUUUGAGUAUGCAAGGUGCAGAUAGUACGGAAAAUCUAGACGGCGAUGACGGAAGAGGAUCAACUGGAGAUGAAGACAGAGUGGUCAACACGGAGUGGUGUAGCUGUGGAACAUGUGGUAUCAUGCCUACCAGUAAAGAAUGCCUUUGUUGCCAAGAAAUGGACGAACUAGACUGGAUGUUACAUGGUUUACGUUGCAUCAUUCAGCACGAAGAUUUUGCUUCUGUGUGCAUAAAUGGAGGGGUGCCUCGCACAGCGGUGGUGGAAAUGGUUGACGUGAGACAGGAUUCUAUUACGCAGCCACUAACGUGCAGGUUGCUGAGGAUGACAUCUUACCGGCAGUUUACAUACUGGGUACACAGAAAAAUGGGCAGGGGAGUGCGAAGAGUGAUACCACCAUGUGUUGUGACUUCUAUAAGAGGGCCCUUUCCUAAAGAAACUGGGGAAUAUAUUAGAUUUCAAGAAAGUUGUGAUGGGCCACAGUGGCCAGUGUAA